GAUAACUUCAGCAAUCCGGAAACGCGACGAGGACGCUCUUCCCUAGUUAGUGUGUAAUAACAAUACUAGCACUAGGGUACUAUACAUAUCACUUGUAAUAGAGAUCGUAUACGAUGUGCUAAGCUGUGACUGUGUGCGCAAAUGGGCUGCGGAGCGUCUUCUACCACACCAUCAACGACAUCGGCGUCUUCCAACGCUGCAAGCAGGUUACUAGUGCAAGGAAGCGCAACGCUCCUCGAUAAAAAUUGCAGUAAACGCGAAGUUCUUCUAGAUAGCACGUCUCCUGCUCGCCGAGGUGUAGUUGCUUCUUCCUCUUCCGGCUUCGUUCUGUCCUCAUCUUCCGGUGGGCAGCUCGGCUCUUUUUUCAGCUCCCCACCGCCCCGCGGCCGUGGCAGUUGUACACACCGCGGCCGGCGAACGAGCACAACCAAAAAAGAAGAGGAUUUCGAUUCGCCGUGUGCAAUUGUGAACGGAGAGGACUCGCGAAACGAAAAGAACGCAUUUUUCCAGGAUGACCGACUGGAUGAAGGAGGUGAAGUGGAGCAGUUAAUAGUGUACCCAAAAACUCACCAAAACCAACCAUUUUUGUCCUCCCACGAACAACAAAUUUUUACCACUCCAUCCACUGUGCCGCCUCUGAGUACGACGCAAUCCAAAGUAACGGGAGCUGGUGCCACCAGCACUGCUACAGCUAUUCCUCUCGCAGGUGGUGCUCCCGUGGCCGUGCUGACAACUACAUUUUCCAACUUGUAUGAACAGUGCAGCACGCCGGAAGAUCCGGAACACGAAAGCCGCAACGUCGUCAGCGUCCGCCUCAACCAUGAUGACCAUCAUGCUGACAAGAAGACGGGACGUUCUUUGAGUGACGAGAUUGUGGAGAUAACCAGCGACGACGAAGUCAUCGACUCGACGACGCACCGAACUCCUGCCGGCGCUCCUGCCCCAUCUUUAAUACAGUCGCCGCCCGCAGCUGGUGGCCUUGCACCAGAACUCCUGCCAAAAAAUUUUGUGGAUCCGCAAAGAACAAGAAGUAUCAAUAGUAUGACAAGCAGAAAAACAACGACCCAAUCGUCCCAAAAUGCUGCGGAAGGUCAUCAACCUGCAGGUGACGAGCAAGACAAAUCGGCACAGCAGCAUCUGCAUGGCGUCACUAAUUUGUCAGCUGCUAGUAGGAUGUCGAACUGGAGCUCUGGUUCUUCGGGUUCCUCUGCCAUGCUCGGAGGAACAUCUGGUGGCACAACGUCGUUUCUCAACCGCGGGUCCACUUUCUCGACCCUUUCCGGGCUUGGGCACCACCAGGAAGAUCAUAGCUUCGUGCCCUCGCCAGAACAGCAAGCAGGCGACCGGUAUAAUCGGGUGCACCAGCUCGAAGAUGUAGAUGAGAACAAUGCUUCCACUUCUACCUCGUGCGGUCCAAACCAGAGAGAUGAAACACAUCUGUCUAAUGAACUACUUGUCGCGACGAAGACUGAUGGGGCGGAUGAAGACGAAGAAUUGAUCAUUUCUCAUAGUGCCAGCGGUCCAGCACGUGUGCUCGUAGAGGGAAGAGCCACGACGACGACCUCAUCAUCUUCCAGGAUAACAAGAACUGCGGCUGGCGCCACUGGGGCAGUGGAUGAUGUAGAGAUUCUGGAAAACAACUACACAGAGGGGCCGGUGGCGCCCCCUUCGUCGUCGGCUGAAACGACCCCCGUCUUCCAUCCCUUAGAGCCCUCUUCUGGCUCUACACUUCACCUUCAGGACGUGCAGGCCGCCCGGAGAAAUCGCACGACGAGCAUGGCGUCGGCCGCGCCGCCCACACCGUCCUCGUCUUCUUCGAGUAGCAACGCUAGUAACUCGAACAGAAACUGUUCUCUAGUACGUGGAACGGGCGGAGGACCACAACCACUUAAUACAACCGCGUCCUCAGUGAAUCAACAUCAUCAACAACAACUCCACGCGAGUAUGCAGCUGCUGCGGCGGAAUCAUGUGAAUAGGCGGAAGAGCUCCCUGUCUGUUGCAACCGCGACCUCGCUAAAAGUGCUGCUGGAGCAGGAAAUCGAGCGGCAAAAGAAGCGGUCGGGCAGCAACGAGUCCUGUGCGCCGAUCGCAAUUGACCUACACCACUUGGAAUUGGACCAGAUUGCCGAAACCGAUGAGGAGCAGGAGGUCCUGGAACGGGUUUUUGCCGCGGCAGACCGAGAGAACCAGGGUCGCUGCAGCCCGCGCGAGCUGCGCUUGCUCUUCCGGGUUUUGGGCAUUCCGGCGAAGGAUUUAGUGGAGCAUUUCAAUGAAGAAAAUCUGAUGCUCGCCGCCCCGGCGUCGAGCCCAGGUACUAUGGUCGUGCAGACAGUGCAACACCCGACUGCGCCGCCGCAGUUGAGCAGUUCCUGUUCGGGAUCCACGGGUGGUGCUCAGCCAACAGCAUCUUCUUCAUCGCACCAGCAAUCAACUAGCGAGCAGCAGAGUGCAGAGUUGACACUUCAAUUGAACGACAAUCUGAUGAGCGCCGUCCGGUGGGACCUGCGGCAAUUUGAGCGGUGGGUGCCCCAAGAUCUGGCUGAGGCCGUAGUGAACGCGCUGCGCGCAAGGCCCUUCGCACUAGACCACCCGUCUUUGCAUACUCUUUGUGACCUGGUCGCCGUGCUCGACAGCCUGGAUACGGAAUACACCGGGGCUAUUGAUCCGUCAGAGCUGUCAACGGUAUGUACAAUCAUGUUCGAGAUGAGUGAUAUUUGUAGUGCCUGUGUUUUUUUUUCUCCGCUUUGAUCUCCUUCGUUCUCGACGAAUGGGCAUGAUGAGUCCUGAUGAUGAUGUAGCUGUAGUUUUUCAAAAAUCGAGUUUCUACUUUCUCCAAAAAUUAUCGGACAGAUUUGCGAGAACCUGCAUCUGAACCCGGCCGAAAAUACGGGACUGGUAAACCUGGUUGGUUCUCCGGAAAAAGCCGCGGUUUCCACGGCGCCCGUGUCGAUCGACAAGUUUCUGCAAACGCUGACGGCCGAGGAACUGACCGUGAUCCACAAAAGACUUCCCGAGCUCGAGCUGGAACCGGGCUCGUUCCGCCGGGUCAGUGGCGAAAUCUCUCGGGCGUUCACGAGUUCGGAAGCCACGAGCCACCGGUCGGUGAUCGACCCGAGCCGCGGGGGAAAUUUUUUGAUGAACUGCCGCUUUUCCAAAUCCAGGUCCAGCUCCAGAACUAGUACGAACCUACAGCUCGUCCAGACGCCCCGGGGCGGGUUGCUGCACAAAACCGGCUCCUUGACGGCGGAUGAGCAACUCCACCUGGCGGACAGGGACCACAGAGGCUCCUCGAAGGACGCGCGGAGCAAUUUUUUCGAUGUCCUCGACCUGGACACGGCGGACGACCAGAUGAACUUCGUGCUUCACGUGUUUGGCAAUUUGCAGUGGAACUUGACAGUUGGCUCUACCUCCAUCGGAAUGAAAUCUACUUCGAAAAAUAACGCUGACGACGACGACGGGGGGUCCUCUUUGUUACACCCAACGAUCUCCGAUCCAGGAACGAUGCACGGUCUGGUAGUGCCGCACUUGACCCACUUCAUGCGGUCCUCUAGCACUUCCUCCGCAUCCAUUUUCCCCUUCGCAUCGAGCUCGUGCUCGCGGCAGCCGCCGCCCGCCAACGACGCGACGGCGAUCCUACGGGAGGUCAGGCUAGCGGAGACGGGCCUGCGUCAGUACUGCAGCGCGCUGCGCUUGGCGUACAUCCCCAACGCGUAUCUAUCAAAAGGAAAAAUCCCCCCACCCCAUAUCGAAAUGGGAAUCUGUGAUGCGGGAUUUGUGUACACAAAUGAUCGGCUUUGUCUUGCAAUAGAGGACUGCAGACAGAUACGAAGCCGGAUUAGGGAUGUUUUGGUGUAGGCGCCUAGCAAGGUAUGGGCAUUCUCUGUAGGCCAGACAGCAUCACAAAUUGCCUGCAUAACGCGGCGGGGUUUUUUUAUUUGUCUUCUUGCACUACUGAGACGAUUUGUGGCCUCAAAUCAGCAUGACAAAUUUUGAGAAGUAUCCCGUUCUGGUAUGGGGAGGGGGGAUUUUUCCUCUCAAUAGUAUCACAACUAUCACCACGCACUGAACACGCUGCAUUUGUGCUCGCAGUACUUGUCGGGGACGAAAAGCGCGGGAAAAACCUUGCUGUACAGCCUCGAGGUAUAUCUUCACGCAGAGAUAGGAUUAGGAAAAUCAACAAGUACAAGAUUAUCAUAUGUCAGUGCUUUUUUCCUCUACCAGGUCCUGAUCCUCGCGCCAGUGAAACAAGCACAACACACUCACAUCAUUUGAACUACACCUGGCGAAGAGGAAGAUGAACGCCGGUUGAAGUCUUGUAAGCCCCUUACUUUUCGUUUUCAGUGAAGAUUCAAUAUACAGAGAACAAUGACAAUCAUGAAUGAAAAUUUGUAAAUCAAAACGAAUAGGUGCUCACUUGUCUUUGUGCUGCUCUGGCGCACGACGUUGGCCACCGCGGCUUUACCAACCCGUUCGAAGUUGCCACGGGUUCGGAGCUUGCCAUUUUCUACAAUGAUAACUCCGUCUUGGAAAAUAUGCACGCCUCUGUCGGUUUUUCGCACGCGGAGCGCUUCAUCCUACCAAACUUGUUCCACGUAGUCGACGCGCAGGCAGCACAUCCUGUUCCUGAGGCUGGUGGGGCGAGCUCCUCGAGCCGCUCUAGUGCCGGUUCUAGCUGCAAUAUUUCCAGCAUCACUGCAGUCUCCGCUUCUCCGGCUGCAGCAGCCGAAAGAAGUUGUAUAAUCGAGGCUGAGCAGGCAGAGAAGAAAGACAAUUCGGCUGAGCUUGUGCAAACCGAAGCGAUAACAAUAAACACAUCAGCGAACAACGGCGCAGUACCAGACCAGCACAGCUUUUCCAAAUCGUCAUCGUCAGGGCCAAGCACCAGCAACCCCGUGAGAGCAGGAGGACCAAGGUACGAGAAGGUAGGUCGCGAAGUGUGGCGGCGGUUCCGCAAGAUUUUUAUCGAGAGUAUUUUGGGCACGGAUAUGGUGCACCACGAAAAGCAAGUGAAGGCCGCUUCCAUGCUCGCGACGCAGCGCAAGCACUCCAUGAUCAACUCGGCUACACCAUUUUUUCCGCCCGGGGUUUCGAACGGUGCCAGCAGCGGAACUGCUCGGGCAACCGAAGCAGGAGGAGCUUCCUCUUCUACAUCUUGCAACACGAACACCACAGCUGCAAAUACUAAGCCACAAAAGGCUGCACCCUCAUCCGCCGAGAACGAUGACGUUGUUGUAGAAGCUUCCGCGUCCUCCGAAGAUGCACUUCCUCCACGCGACGAGGACUCUAGUGGGUCUACAGGUGCAGCUGCAUUGGAAGUUGUUGUGAGGAGCAAGGAUAAGGAAAUAACAAGCUGCGCAAAAAAUAUUAGGUCUUCUGUGAUCAACACGACGACGCCAACAAGGGCGGACCACUCGACGUCCUCUUUCCACCUCGACGAGACCGGUCGGUCUCAGCUCGUGGAAUUGGUGUUGCACACCGCGGACAUCGGGAAUGGGUGCCAGCCGCUCUCCGUCGCGUUACGGUGGAAGGACCGAAUUCUCGAGGAAUUUUCCAACCAGGCCGCGGAAGAGGCGAAGGUCGGUAUCCCGGUGACGCCGUUCAUGCUGAACCUGCACGACCCGAUCGUGGCCGCGAAGAGCCAGAUCGCCUUUGUCGGCUUCGUCGUUGCCCCGUUGAUGCAGAUUGUCAGCCCGCUGCUGGGGCUGGACACCUACAUGGAGUGUAUGUACUCCAACACCCAGUACUACCAAGACAUCGUCAACGCGAAUAACAAGCUGGGGCUGCAGCAAGCGGAUACUCAUAACUGUAAUGGGAGCAGUUCUUGUUCAUCUUCUGGCACAGCAGUUUCUGGUGCAGCUGUCGCCACAAAAAAUACAACUAAUACUAAUACAGCAGGAGCCAGUUGCGCUGACACGUCGAAAAAUGGAGGAACCAAGACGAAAAGUAGAGGAGCACCACCAGGCGCCGCGAGGACCACCACGAAGGGGCCGCUGAGCAAGACCUCGGACAACUGCAGCAAGGAUGUUGCGCCACUAGCACUGGAAGAAGAACAAGAGGACAAGGUGUCAAAUGCGGACAACAAGAACGGAGCAAACAGCAAAGCGACCACCACGACCACAGCGGCUUCCUCCGACGAGCAAGACGCAGUCACUAUUUACGGACAGAACGACGCUGUUAAUCACCACCAGGAAAAUCAGCAGGAGUCUAGUUGUUCGCUUUACCCAGCACCGACAGGCUCGUCCUCAGCUUCCGCUCCGAGCAGCGUGACGAACGCGAAGAACUACAAAGUUGGACAAGAACUCGAGCAGAACUACGAACAACAGCUACAGCACGAUCUCCACGACGAGAGCGGGAACCAUAAUCUUCAGGAGGCUACUUUAUUUUCCCGGCAUGGCACCAACGACAGCGACAGCUUUGAUGUGUACAACAUUUUUUCCCGGCAUGGCACCAACUUAUGUCUUCAACGGUCGUUAGCAUACAGAAGGGUGAAUUUGCAGUGAAUUUGUAUUGCGUGGCAUGAUGCAUGAAUUAAUCUUCAGGUGCAUGCGAAGAACUAGAACACGAGGACAACAUACAAGAAGCCAGCGCGCCGCGUUGAUGGGCUGCUUGGCUGGUGGCGCUUCCCUCCUGUGGACGCUUGCCGCUUGUUGCCCAAAGAGGCGCACCUGGUGGACUGCGAAGCAACGCAGGUGGCUUAGGGCGGUCUUACAACACGACGCUGCAUGAUCCGCAGACUCGAUAGUGGCGGAUCGACCGGGACGAGGGCUAUGCCUGUAAAGGGGGUCAAAGGUACUAGCUCAACAUGUCAAAAUAGAGAAGUCGCGUCACGGGUUGUGGCUGCCUCGGCUUGGAUAUCUGGAGACAGGUUGCUACGGAUGCUAGCAUCGCCUGCUUUGCUCUGUAAGUAACCUCCUCCCAGCUGUGUUCCUGCCUCAUCUUGGUCGGUUCCUCUAGUAGUCUUCUUUGACGUGACCCCCAGGUCAGGAAUUCUCUUGGUGAAUUUUGAGGCUUUGUCUUUUUGCGAAACUUUUUUGAAGCCCCAAACUCGGAGUUUCUCACGCGCUAGCGAAUUUUGAACAGGCACCGGAACCCAAAAUUCACCGGCGCCCUUUUCAAAAUUCACCCGAAAACUCACCGAGCGCCCCUUUUCGACCGUGAUAAGCAAACUUUGGCGCAGAAAAGUGCUCAAAAAUGUGCACAGGUAGGCCCUGGGGAGUGGGGCCGAGGGGAAAAGACAAGCGCCCUCUGUUGCCCUCAGCCCGUCUAUAUUCUGCCGAAAAGGCCUGGGGAGUUCACGCGCCUGCCGGGUAGAGGCGUGAAAGCUCUCGGCCUGGUCCUUUCACUCGUUUUUUUGCGCCUUCUUCCCUAAUUGCAUGUGCUUCGCAGCCUUUCUUUUUAGCGUCUUUGCCGCGGCUGCUGCAGUGCUCUAUGCGAGCACAGGGAGACGAAUAGACAUGGCCAAAGAACGGCACCCAGGCCAUGCCUAGAAGCUGCCCGCCGCAUAAGUAAGCCUUGACUUCUGCGGUGUGCAGAACCCACCUCCCAGAAGGGCAAGAAGGAUAAUGCCCCGGCGGACUCAUCUGCAAUCUGUCAUGCAAAAUUCACUACAAAUUCGCCACUUCUCAUGCUAACGGGUGUUAAAGCUGUAAGCACCAACGACAGCGACAGCUUUGAUGUGUACAACAUUUUUGACAGCUAUUCAUUGCGACGCGUUCCGAUGAGAUAAGUAAAAGCGGAACUUCGUGGAAUUUUGCGUCUCGAAAAUUGCCAGCAGGGCACUGCGUACCCCGCCCAGGCAAUAUUGCCCCAUUGAGUAGACCUGCGCGAUGUUUUGUAGCCCUGGCUCCCAGCUGUUCUUUGUGUUUUUUUUAUUUAUCGCUGUGUAUUCUUUUCCAGGUGGGCCGAUAUUGUGUCGUGGGGCAGGAACGAUAGCCGGAGUGGGCGCUUAAGCGCCAACAAGCAACAAGAUAACACUUCGUGGGCUCUCCGGGCAAUAACAAUCGGAAGCCCUGCAGGCCUCUCCGUCAAUAUUACCAUGUGCGCGGGGCCCGACAAGGGCCACAAAUUCUGCGCCAUUGGCCUGCGAAUACGCCAGACGGAACAGACAGAAGCUCUCUUUUUGCCCUUUCGUGGCGAGGCCCCUUUCGUGGCGAGGAUUCCUUUCGUGGCGAGGCCCCUGGCUACGUUCAUUGGCCAUCCUGCCUUUCAAGUGCCACCCCUUAGGAAUUUGCUUGGAAUUUGCUAGGAAUUUGCUUGGAAUUUUCUUGACUUUUUUUUGGAAUUCUAAGCAAUUUCUCUGCAUUUUGUCUGGAAUUUGUUUGGAAUUUCGCUCAGAGAGUUCUGGAAUUUCGUCAUAGCGUCGUGACUGGCAAAUUCCAGAUAAAUUCCAAAUGAAUUCCAGACAAAUUUCUUACAAAAGAAAAACAAAAAGAAAAUAAAUUUCUGGCACAUGUCAAACAGAGGGAACCCAGAGGACUAACACCUCCGACCUAGGUCGCGACCUAGGUCGCGACCCACCCGGAAGCAACCACAAGACAACACAAGAACUCUUCCAAAGUCCGGGACACAAGUGUCCGAUAUGGCACGACACCCAAGCGCCACACUCCGACAACGGGUGCCAGAAUAGGGCCAGCAGGCGCAAAAGCUACAGCUUUGCCCUGCGUGGGUAGUUCGGGUCUAGGGCUGUGAAUAAUUGGCACAAGAUAUAAGCUUCAGGCUAUGGGGAUUCGACUACCCUCAACAGUACGGCGUUGUUGUCUGUUUCCUCACGCUUGCGUUUAUCUUUAGGGGCCCCCAUAUUUGGACAGAACAAGACGCGGGUAGUCUACCGCGAUAGCCUGCGCCCGAGAAUGCGCCGAUUUCUGUCCCUGCGAAAACAUCUUUCACACAGCGACCGCGUGGCUGUUCGCUACGCUGCGGCUCCGGCGCUAAGAAGUUUUUUUUCCCCGAGAAAUUCCACGAAAUUCCGCUCAAAUUCCCUCAUCGUACGCGCUGACAGCGACAGCUUUGAUGUGUACAACAUUUUUGACAGCUGCACGUCGGGCGAAGAAAAUAAUUCGGAGAUGAAUGGGGAAGACUUUUCCGCAAACAGCCCGAUGCUGCUCUUCGAAACAGCAUGUGAAGAUGGCGGAGGGAUGCUGGCCGCAGGAGAGGGACCUCCAGGAGAUCUGCGUGCAAGCGCAAGCAAAAGGCAGUCAAGUGGUGAGGGUGGCUGCACAGUGGCGUCUCCCACGGCAGUAAUUGGCAUGGAGGACGACACUGGGGCUUUCAUCUGUAGUUCCGCAGCAGCGGAGAACAAUGUUGACGGCGAAUAAAUAUAAAUGGCGAAUAUGGAAUGCGGAAGUUCGCAAACGACAGUGCUGCAAUGGAGCUUAUAGCAAUUUGAAUUUGAACGAAAGCAUAGUUCUUGUGCUCAAAAAAUAUUUUAUGAUGGAAGCACGAGUACGCUUCGGAGUCGGAUCCUCCUCUGGAAAGGAAAUACAGUUAGAAGGAAAAAGGCACUAAAGCUCGAAAGAAUCAGAAACAAAUCACAAAACUUAAGCAAAUCAAUUUGAUAGGUUACUUCUUUAGACAAAUCACAGAUAGAAUAAUAUAUAGCCAGAGCAAUUUUAUGUCUUAUGGAUAAGGAUAUCAAGAAAAAUGAACCUGUAUCUACUUGUUGUCCGUUGUUGUAACAAUUAUGCCAUGUACCUGUACAAUAGCGUUAGCGUUUUUGAACUAUUACUAUGAUCUCUGUGUGCUGUAGAUAAAGUUUCAACAUAAAAGCGAUAUGAGGCAUCAUGAGAAGAGCUGCGGAGACGAGAAACAGAAAAAUGAAGUAGAUUUGCAACGGCAAGUAUCAACUUCCAUGGCGCGCAGGAACAUCAGCAGGUAUCUCCACGCUCCGAAGUUGAGCUCGUCGGUUAUCUUUACGAUUACGAAGAGGCUUGGACUUGAUCUUGCAAUCUUGAGCAGGAUCUCUCACUUUUCUUCUUUUUUCUACAAGAAAUCUAUGAUACGCGGUAGUCACACUCACACUAGUUGCAAUUUGUAUAAAGAUAAGACAGAGUAGGAGCAUCGGCUUUAGUCGUGUGUAGGCAUAAGUGAACAGAGUCCAAGCAAAGCCAGAUGCGAUGUAGAAUUUUUUUUUGAUGCAUGUACAUUACGCGCGUCUAGCACAUUGGCCGUGGGCCAGUUGCCGACGGCUAGACGAAGCGGCGGAUCCCAGCUGGGUGGCAGUGAUGUUGAUGUGAGGUUCACUGCGAGAAGAAAUCCGAGUUGGCUCGUAGUUAGAAAUAGCUUCGGUCUGGGCGAGUGAAACGUUAUCCAAUUUGUGCCCCUAAGACCCUAGCGAGAAUUUUCUUACCGUGACUCCCCUCGGGAUUGAGAACGUUAACCCAGGGUAGAGUCUUGCGAUGCACUAAGCGUCGUAAACACAAUUUGAAUUUGAACUUACAACCGCUACAGCUGAAACUGUAGCUGCCGUAGUUAAAACGUGUGUCUUCGAUAAGUAUUCAGUAACUAAGUACAGAAAUCGCGCCAGAGCUUGUAUUGUCAUGGGACGAUGCAACUUCUACUUCUACUCGAGUAGUUUGCGCGAUGGUAAUGGUUCGCAUGUAGUGCCUCGAUGAAAAUAAUAUGCCCAUACGAUACCGAAGCUCAGCCACCUAGAAUUAUUCGCAUCAAACAGCCCAAAUCAGGUGAAAUUUCCUGAACAAGCUGCAGCACCAGCAGGAGGCUCGCUAGUGCUGUUGCAAGAUGCCCUUUCACAGGAGCUUUGUGAGACAAAUACAUGAAUCCCAUCGGCACUACAUCCGGCAGGGGUAGAUGAGCUAGAAACCAAAACUACAGGAGCACUAGUGACCAGCCGUUUCAGUUCAAGUUCUGUUGGUUUGCGAAGUGCAUCAACAGACACGACUCCAGGAGCGUUUUUUACUUCUUCCACCUACAAUUUUACUUUUACUAUUUUCUUUAAUUUUAAUACCACACUGUCUCCCCUUGUUCUCUGGCCACUCCUGCGGUUUUACUUGUACCGGGAUUUUUGACUGUACGUAGGCCACAAGGUCGCACAAAGACGGUUGGAGAAGCAAAUAAAUUCUCAUUUUUCUCCGGCAAUGAUGCUUUUGUUUUCCCUCUAAAAAUUCUUGUUGUUGUCAACUGACUACCCUCGUCCAAAUUUAAGUUUGCUUUUUCAUAAGCGCUGCUUUGUGACUGAAUUCCAGCGAGCGAACAGUGUCGACGAUGGCGUGCUGGUGCCCUCCUAUGACAAGAAUUAUAUCCAUAUUGACUACAACUACUCAACUCCCUCCGUAUACAAACAAGUACAACCGCCUUCGAUAAUUUUACUUAAUUUCCACAGGAAGAGCAUUACUUCAGCAGCAAAAAGAAAAACCUCCACGGCUAUUAAUUUUGAAAAUCUAUAUAAGAACUCUCCACUCUUUACCUCGACCUCUCCGUUUCGUUUCCUUUGUUUCCCGCUGAGCUGCCAUCAUUGAAUUUAAAAAUCGAAAUCCCCGGGACAAUACCUGUCCAAAUUGACCACGUAUUAAAACCUCCUCAUGUCCGAUGCCGAUCUUGAUCUUCGUGACGCCCUUACAAUCUUACUUUUACUUAUACACCUGCACGUUUUUCCAGUGGGUUAUUUUUCCGCUCCACCACGCUCGCGGGGUCAAUGCCGUGUGCAUGAAAUUGAACCUUUUUCACCUUCUUGUGUGCCUGGUAACGAGCUCGCUGCCGGCCGUACAGCAGUGAAAGCAAAUGAACGAAGAAGAAGACUUAUGGGUAUUGAGUAGAGUUACUAAUCUUAUACUCCGGUGAGAAUCAUCUAAAUGUGUCAAAUGAAGGCGGAUUUGAAAUGUUUUCAGAAUGUGGAGCUGUCGCGGAAGAGAAAAAAUGAACGAAGAUGCAACAACUCCAUCUUCAACUGCAAGUGGCAUAGCUUAUAAGCACCACGCGGUGCGCGUUUUUGGCUUUACUUGCUGAUUUCCAGUACUUGCGUGGAGCAUACCCCGGAAACCACGAACGCCACUGCAGUGUUUUAUUUUGAUCACACGCGACCGCACGAAUCUCUGAACAGUGUGGUGCUCCUCGAUGCGGCAGUUUCUUGGCGAGUCCAGCAGUAUAAGCUUUUUUCACAAUGUUGGACAUCGAAAUGAGUCAAAAUUCACGGGGGCAUUUUUUGGGCAGAAUCUUGUUGUGCGUACUAGAAUUAGAGUAUGCAAAGGCAGAAUUUUUCUGCCACCUCGUCUGCUGCUGCGUUUUUUUAGCAAACACGUCUUAGUGUCAGGGGUACUAUAUUUUUUAUUGAAGUACAGACAGGGAUUACUUUAACUUUUUUUUGGUUUUGCAGCAAACAUCGAGGGUUGUACGAGAAUGGUUGAGAAAUAUUUUUAGCUUCAGUUGCGUUUUCGAUUCUUUUGAAUCUUCCAGCUGAAUUUGCUACAGCCAAUUAUUUCAAGAUCGAGGGUGUAUUUUACAAAUGUCGACUGAAGAAGGUGAAGGUGAGGGCGGUGAAGUACACACUGGCUGAGUACGUUUGCAGCUUUGAAAUUGAAAAUAGUGUUUCAUCUUCCAGCCUGGUGCUUUUCCUUGUCCUUGCUUAUGUUUUUAUGAUUUUAGCCGAGCUUUUGUUUAUUUUUUCUGUUUCGAACUUUUAUUUUCCUACGACCACUCUGAACUCCUGCCAUGAUUAUGAUACUACAGGACUGCACCAGCAAGAAAAGUAAACUACAAGAGUUGGAUAUGAUCACGUUGACGUUGGGGUUGGGAUGUCCGAUGUCUUCCGACGCGGAUGCCGAUUCACUUUCAGUUUGACGCUAUUGCAAUAUCUAUGGGGAUCAUAGCCGCAUCCGUAUUGUUCCGGACGCGGGUGCCUUUGCAUCUCGACGAUGGAUGUACAUUUUUAUUUUCUUCAAUUUGGGGAGCGAGAGCUGCAAAAAUGAAUUUCAACAAAUGUCCGACCUUCAUUCCACUUCGUAGUUACUUACUUGUUUUUGAUUUUCGUAGAUCAUGACAUGAGUUUUUAAUGGGUCGAUUUUAUUAAGCGAUACGUACUACAGAUGACCUCGAGGUUAGUUUAGUGGUCCCUCGUUAAAAUAAAAUGGGUGUCAGUGAUGUUGGCGAAGAUACUAAACACUCGGGCAGCAGUGG